AGGAGGGGAUUGCUGCCUCGAGGCAUGAGUGUUAAGUUGCGUUAUCUUCUGCAAAAGAGGUGAACUUUUAAAGUUGAACCGAAGUUUGCUUUGCGAUUUGCGUGGGGUUCCUCUCGACUGGAAGCUUCGGAAUGCAAUGACUGCAACACAGAAGUGUCCCUUCAAGUCCCUGAAGAAAGAAUCCUGCUGAGUUGCACCAUUAAUGACUGAAUGGACUCUGCUGGGAAGGCUUGUCCUCACACCAUGACAGCUGAUGAGUCAGAAGCUGGAGAGUUAGCUCUGGAGCCUCUCCUCACUUGCAAGCUAUGUCUGUGUGAAUAUUCCCUGGAUAAGAUGACCACUCUUCAGGAAUGCAGCUGCAUCUUUUGUACAGCGUGUCUGAAACAGUACAUGGAGCUGGCAAUUCAAGAAGGUUGUGGUUCCCCUAUCACAUGUCCAGACAUGGUAUGCUUGAAUCAUGGGACACUACAAGAAGCAGAGAUUGCCUGUUUGGUUCCUGUUGACCAGUUUGAGUUAUACAAGCGGUUGAAGUUUGAACGAGAAGUCCACUUGGACCCCCAGAGAACGUGGUGCCCCACGGCUGACUGCCAAACAGUGUGCCAGGUCGCACCGAGCGAGUCGGGAGCGCCGGUGCCGGUGGAGUGCCCUGCCUGCCACCUGACCUUCUGCUCCUCCUGCAAGGAGCCCUGGCACGGGCAGCACCUCUGCCAGGAAAGCCAAAAUACUCCACUGCCAACAGAGCAGGGAUUCCUUAUUGGAGCAGAGACAGAGGCACCAAUUAAGCAGUGCCCCGUUUGUCGAAUUUAUAUUGAGCGGAACGAGGGCUGUGCUCAGAUGAUGUGCAAGAACUGCAAGCACACAUUUUGCUGGUAUUGUCUACAGAACCUGGAUAAUGAUAUUUUCCUACGACAUUAUGACAGAGGCCCUUGCAGAAACAAGCUGGGCCACUCACGAGCUUCAGUGAUGUGGAACAGAACACAGGUUGUGGGGAUCCUCGUGGGACUAGGUAUCAUAGCACUGGUGACCUCCCCCUUGCUGCUUGUGGCAUCUCCAUGCAUCAUCUGUUGCAUUUGCAAAUCUUGCCGGAGCAAAAAGAAAAAGCCCAGCCUGCCGACUACCUAAAACUCUGUGUCUUUUUGAGUCUCCAUCUGUACAAUAUAUGUAUGUGAGAAAGCACAAAGCUUGUGUUUUGGUGCCAUACCUACCAAAUAAUGCUCCCUUUUUUUUGCCAAUUCUUGGGAUAAGUGCCUAUUCUUUACAGGCUACUCUUAUCACUAAAAAAUCCUGGUAGGGAAAAAGUCUAGAUUAUUAUGCAGUACAUAUGGUGUAGGUUUUUGCUUCCUGACAGGGAAAAGAGGACACCAUUGAGUACUUCAUACCAUAAAUAUGAUCCACCAUUCAAGACUGAUAGAACAUUCCCAUUUUCCAUCAGCUGCACAUGACUUGAUCGUGCUGCAUUACUCUGGCUUUGCAGAUCCAGUUGUUACAGUCAUGCUUGCUGUUGGUUCUUGGUGACGCUCAGAUUUCUCAGAAAAUUUUGGGUCUUUUUGUAAAAGAGGGAGAAG